CUUAGCUUUGACGAGGAGCAUGUAUACACCCAACAUCUCGUUACAGAGUUUCAGGUUUCUUGCUUCCCAAAAUCUGAACAGACACACUUCCACGGUGGAAAAAGAACGAUCGGCAAGUAAUACAUAUGAGUUACCCCUUAUACUAAAGAAGUUUCCAUUGUUAUAAGGAAUUGAGAAGAUGGUUUUGAGAUGAGGAAGACUAAUAUUUUUAUACUGACCCAAAGAAGAAAAGCUCGCAUUCAAGGCUACAUCGUGGUUGAUGGAUUUAAGAAGGGAUUUAAAGCGAUUCACUGGGAGCGGUUCGGUUGAUGAAGAAGAAGUUCAGAGGAUGGGAUCGAACAAAGAGCAGAGAUGAGGAAUAGCCUUUUAUGCGACGCGUAAAGAGAGAAUUAUGGUUAACUUCUAUCGGGCUAGCCGGCUGGAUAUUUCAUCCAAACAUAAGGUCCAAACUUCAUAACGAAGCCCACAUCAAUUGGAUAUUAAAUUAAAUGAAACGGUGAGUUUUUACAAAUUGGGCAGGUGCCGCGCUGUGAGCAUCCAAAUUGAUGACGUGACAGCUUCACAUGAGAAAAAAUCUUUUCUUUAUAUAAUAAAAUAUUGAUUAACGUCUAUUUAUACAAGUAACGGCUAUUUAUACAAAUAUGUAACGGCUAUUUAUACAAAUAUGUAACGGCUAUUUAAAAUCUUUAUUGUUAUAUAUAGAAACAAAUUAUGUAUUAUAUAAAACCAUGUAAAUGUUUUCUAUGCAUGAACAGUUUUAUGAAAACUAUUAAUGUUUUUCUGUCAACAUAAUUUUUUUAUUCAGUAAUAUCCAAAUACAUGGUUCCCAGUCGAAAGCCUGGGCAAAUAGGAAAAAUACACCAAUUUUGUGAAAUCAGUAAAAAAAGCUAUAAAUGUGUUUUUUGUUGGUCAAAUAAGCUAUUAAUGUGUUAACAACCCAAAAGAGCAAUGGAUAAGUGAAGAACACAAACAUCUUUUAAAUUAAAUUAUUCUUUUCAUGAAAUUUUAAGAACCAUUUUUGUGAUGACACGUGUUUAGAGAUUUAGUUGACCAAACAUAUUUCUCUAGAGAUUUUAAGAAGCAUUUUAGUGAUGCCACGUGUCAUAGCUAAAAUGUUGUAAUGCUUAUCUUUUAAUAUAUAUAGGGGAUAUAUAUAUAUUAAUCUGAAUAUCUAUUAAAUGUUAUUUUUACACAUAUGAUUUUUUGAUCAUUUGUAUUUUAUUAUAACAAAAAAUUUAAUCUAUAGAUCAUAAAAUUUUCAUUGUGAGUCUUUUAACAUUUUUUGUAAUUUAUAGUCGUUUUAAAAAAUUCAAAAUAUAACAUAUACGAAAAAUCUAAAAUUUUAUUAUAUGGUUAAUAUGGUUGUUUAAUUUAUUUUAAUAAUAUAACAUUAAAAACAAUGGAAGAUAUGUAAAUUGUUAUCAAAUCUUCAUUAUUAAAAGCAUUACUUGUGUAUAUUUUAUUCACUUUUGGUAAUUCUAUAGCUUUUAUUCAAGAAAAGAAGGAAAAAUAAUAAUUGUAGAUUGUUAAUUAAUUCCAUGGUUAGUUUAGUGAGAAGUAUAUUUUAUGUUUAGUUGACCAACAUAAUUUUCUAGAGACUUUAAGAAACAUUCUAGUGAUGACAUGUGUCAUUGCUAAAAUGUUGUAAUAUUUCUUUUUAAUAUAUAUGGGAUUUUGUAAAAUAAAUAAUAAUUGUAGAUUGUUGAUUAAUUUUAUGGUUAGUUUAAUGAUAAGUAUAUAAUAUAUGUUUAGUGGACCAACAUAUUUCUUUAGAGACUUUAAAAAUCAUUCUACUGAUGAUACAUGUCAUAGAUAAAAUGUUGUAAUGCUUCUUUUUUUAAUAUAUAGGAGAUUUUGUAAAAUAAAUAAUAAUCUAGAUAUAUUCCAUAAAUAUGUAGUGCCUAUUUAUAUAACAGAAAACUGAAUGUAACGGCUAUUUAUACAAUAUGUAACGGCUAUUUAAUAGAAUAGCCGUUCGUUGUUAAAAAACGGCUAUUUAAAUUUCUUUUUUUUUGUUAUAUAUAGAAACAAAUACUGUAUUAUACAAAAUAAUGUACAUGUUUUUUAUGCACGAAACCUUGUAAUAUCCAAAUACAUGGUUCCGAGUAGAAAGCUUGGGCAAGUAGUAAAAAUAGACCAAUUUUGUGAAGCAGUAAGAAAACUAUUAUUAAUGCGUUAACAACCUAAAGCAGCAAUGCACAUGUGAAGAACACAAACAUCUUCUUUUAGGUUUCGAAUGUUUACGACCGCACCGCCCCGCAGUUAACAGUAACAAAAAAUCUAUACAUAUGCCACAUAUCUAUAUGUUUUUAUAACUGUUAAAACCGUACCGCAGUUGAACCGCUUGUUCCGCACCGCUCAAACCGCUUGUUCCGCACCGCUCAAACCGCAGUUACCAUUCGGAGCAUUAAACUAAACUAUUCUUUUCAUGAAAUAAAUGAUGUGAAUCUUGAUUUUACAAUCUGAAGUUUAACAUCGGGUACGGUAUCAAAAACGAGUAUAAAUAAAAUAAUUAGGCGGAUCUGAGUUUGAGACGAAAAACUAUUUCAGGGAUUGUCAGUUAUUAAAAAUAGAAAUAUAUUAAAAAUAAAUAAAUAAAAAACAAAUGGUUAAGGGAAGGGGACCUUUGGUGUUUCCUUUAAAACCCCGAUGAAGGGAUUAGCUAAUUUCUAUUCACAAUCUAAAACACUUUGGUAAUCUCUCUCUGGAUCUUAGGGUUUCUCCUCUUGCAGCAAUAUUGGCCGCUUCUAGUUUUAGAACUAAAGAAAACUAUCUUCGCCCAAUUCAACAAAAAAAAAAAAAAACUAAAGAUUCAUCAUCAUUCAUCGGAGAAGAUGAAGAAUUAGGCUUUUCUUUUUAUUUUGUUGAUUCAUCAUCAUCGGUAAUUACAGAUCUGACAAAUUCUUAAUCGUAAAACCAAAACAAAAAACAGUAAAGAUUCAUCCUUUUCAUCUACCCAUCUAUCAAAACGUUUCCUUUCUCGGAUCCAAUUCACCAAUCAAUCAAGCAAUAGAGACACAACGACCAAAAAAGUAAAGAUUUUUUAUCAAACGAAUUUGACUUUUGACAACAGACAUAUCCAUUUGAUCUGCAAGGACAAGGCAAAGUUAUGUAUAAUAACAGUAAUAGAGUCCAAGUGUAUCUUGAAGAUGGAAGAUUUGGGGAAAUGCAGAUUUGCCCUCCAAGGGAAUCACAUCAAGAAGACCAAGUGAUGAAGCAGAGGAGAGUGAUGGAGAAAGUGACGAUGGGAAUGGGUAUCAGAAUCAGCCGUUUUUCUCAACCUAGCGAGAGAUGCCCUCCUCUUGCAGUGCUUGCUACUGUUUCAUCUUGUGGCCUUUGUUUCAAGUUGGAAGCUUCACCUUCUCCUCCUCAGGAGCAGCUCAGCCUCCUCUACUCGUCCUGCCUUAGGGGCAACAAGACGGCAGUAAUGUCUCUAGGUGAGGAAGAGCUCCAUUUGGUAGCCAUGUAUGCUGAAAACAUCAACAACGACCGUCCUUGCUUCUGGGCAUUUACAGUAGCUCCUGGGAUUUAUGAUUCAUGUCUUGUCAUGCUGAAUCUUAGAUGUCUAGGUAUUGUCUUUGAUCUUGAUGAAACCCUUGUGGUGGCCAACACCACGCGCACGUUUGAGGAUAAGAUUGAGGGGUUGCAGCGGAGGAUAAACAACGAGGGGGACCCUCAACGCAUUGCGGCUAUGGUUGCUGAGAUGAAGCGUUAUCAAGAUGACAGGAAUCUGUUGAAGCAGUAUAUUGAAAGUGACCAGGUUAUUGAUAAUGGGGAGGUGGUUAAAGUGCAAUCAGAACUUGUUCCUGCCUUGUCUGAGAACCAUCAGCCUCUUGUCCGUCCACUGAUAAGGCUGCCAGAGAAGAAUAUUAUCCUGACUCGCAUUAAUCCCAUGAUUCGUGAUACAAGUGUUCUUGUGAGGAUGAGGCCUUCAUGGGAGGAACUUCGAAGCUAUUUGACAGCGAAAGGGCGCAAGCGUUUUGAAGUAUAUGUUUGCACAAUGGCUGAGAGAGACUACGCCUUAGAGAUGUGGAGGCUCCUUGAUCCAGAAGGGAAUUUGAUCAACGCAAGUGACUUGCUAGCUCGCAUUGUUUGUGUAAAAUCUGGUUUUAAAAAAUCAUUGGUCAACGUGUUUCCUGAUGCAACCUGCCAUCCUAAGAUGGCAAUGGUAAUUGAUGAUCGGCUGAAAGUUUGGGAAGAGAAGGAUCAGCCAAGGGUGUACGUGGUUCCUGCAUUUGUUCCCUACUAUUCUCCACAAGCUGAAGCUGCUGCUACACCGGUACUGUGUGUUACCAGAAAUGUUGCUUGCCGUGUCAGAGGUGGAUUUUUCAGGGAUUUUGAUGAUAGUCUGCUACAAAGGAUUGCUGAAAUAUCUUAUGAGAAUGAUGUUGAGGAUAUUCCAUCUCCACCUGAUGUCAGCCAUUACUUAGUGCCUGAGGACGAAACAUCUGGUUUGAAUGAGAACAAAGAUCCACUUUCCUUGGACGGGAUGGCUGAAGUUGAGAGAAGACUGAAGGAGGCAAUUUCAGUUGUCCUUCCGGCUGCUAAUAUAGAUCCAAGGAUAGCUGCUCCCGUUCAGUACCCUAUGGCUUCUGUUUCUGUUUCCGCUCCAGUGCCAGUAGCAGUACCUGUCGUGCAACAAGCACCACAACCAUCAGCGAUGGCCUUUCCAAGUAUCCAGUUUCAACAACCUAUAUCAAUAGCUAAACUCUUGGUUCCUUCAGAACCAAGCUUGCAGAGUUCUCCUGCUAGAGAGGAAGGCGAGGUACCUGAAUCAGAGUUAGAUCCAGAUACUAGGAGGAGGCUCCUCAUAUUGCAGCAUGGACAAGAUAGUAGAGAUGCUGCUCCAAGUGAACCUCCGUUUCCUCAGAGACCUCCAGUUCAAGCUCCACCUCCACAGGCGCAGCCAAGAAAUGGUUGGUUUCCUGUUGAGGACAUGGAUCCAGCUACUCUUCGCCGAACUGUCUCCAAAGAAUAUCCAGUGGAUUCUGAAAGGCCACGCCAUCAAUCUGACAGGAUGCCUCAUGAGAAUCGUAGACUACCAAAGGAGUUACGUCCAAACAACAAUCUACCAGGCUCUCAUCCUUUCUAUGGGGAAGAGGCAUCUUGGAAUCAAUCUUCUUCUAGGAUCAGUGAUAUUGGACGAAGUGUCUCAGCAACAGAGAAUCCAGCUGAAGCUCUACAUGAGAUUGCUAUUAAAUGUGGAACUAAGGUGGACUACAGACCGGGGUUGGUUGCUAGUACAGAUUUGCGGUUCUCUGUUGAGGCUUGGUUCUCUGGUAAAAAAGUCGGAGAAGGGAUUGGCAAAUCGAGACGAGAAGCCCUGCAAAAGGCUGCUGAACUUUCUCUCCAGAACUUAGCUGAUAUAUAUUUGUCUGUUGCAAAUGGUGACGCAGGGCCAAGCCACAGGGAUGCUAUUGCUAGCCCCUUGGCUAAUGGCAAUAUGAUUAUGGGAGGAAAUGCAAAUACGUUUGAUAAUCUGCCAUUUGCCAGAGAUGAAACAGCGAUGGCAGUUCCUUCUAGAUCAAUGCUUCCUUUGCAUAAGCGACAAGGAUCUCCACGAUCGUUCGGUGGGAUGUCAAACAAGCGUCUAAAGCCAGACUUUCAAAGGUCGUCGAUGCAACGGAUGCCAUCUUCAGGAAGAUAUUCUUAACCAAAAUCACGUCAUGAACAAAGCACAUUCUCUAUUGCUAAAGCGCCACCAGCUACGACGACAAAUUCUUUGACAAGUUCCCUUCACAAAAACGAUGUACCAGACGAAGGGAGAGAGAGAGAGAAGAGAGGUUUUGCUGUCGUCUCUUGUAUUAUAACAUGUGUGAAAAAUCAAGAUUUUUGUAUAAUCUAUCAGAAAGAAUCGAACCAACAGCUGGAGGGACACCGAGUAGUACUACACAGACAAGGCCUAAAGCAUACACGUUUUGGCUUCUUCUCAGGCUGUAACUUACUCGGUAGAAGUCAGUAAAGCUAGUUUAAUUGUUUCCCUUAAAGCUUUUCUGCAGUUUUACAACAGUUUAUGUUUCCAUUCAGACAAAAAGAUGUUGAUUUUAUAAAUGUAAUUUUUACCGUGUUAUUAUCAACUGUUUGAGCUUCCCUGA